AUGCCCCUUCUCGAUCCUCGCUCCGGUCCUUCCUACGGUGCUAUAGAACAACGGGAUGACAAUAGCAACAUGGACGAAGAACGGGAUCAAUUACUCCAGAAUGGGUAUGAGACUGAGGGCGAUCUCAGCAGUCUCGAGACCCCCGAUGAGGCACAAGCAGGUGUUUUGAAAAUCGAGGCGAUUAAUAUGACAUGGACGACGCGUUCCUUGAUUAUCGCCUAUGUCAGUAUAUUCCUCAUGGCCUUUUGCACGUCAUUAGAGGGUCAGACAGUCAUGUCAUUAUCGGCAUACGCUACAAGUGCAUUCAGCAAACAUUCAUUAAUCUCGACAGUCCUCGUCGUCCAGAAUGUCGUCAAUGCCGUUAUUAAGCCACCCAUGGCCAAAGUUGCCGAUGUAUUCGGUCGCUUCGAAGCCUUUUGUGUCAGUAUCUUGAUUUACAUCCUGGGUUAUAUACAGAUGGCCGCAUCGACAAACGUUCAAACCUACGCGUCGGCCCAGAUCUUCUACUCUGCCGGUUCCACGGGCUUGCAGAUUCUCCAGCAAGUAUUCAUCGCCGAUAGCAGUGACUUGCUUAAUCGUGCCUUUUUGGCUUUGCUGCCAGAGUUCCCCUUUUUGGUGACUGUCUGGCUCGGUCCGACCAUUGCCGAUGCGGUGCUGCGAUCAUCCUCGUGGCGAUGGGGUUACGGCAUGUGGGCGAUCAUUCUGCCUGCAGCUUUCCUGCCGCUCGCGAUGUCGCUGUUGUUGAACCAGCGCAAGGCUCGACGUUUGAAUCUGAUCAAGUCGUCUCGGAACAAGCGGAAGCAGAGCUUCCUCGGCAUCGCGAAACGAACCUGGUAUGAUUUGGAUGUUGGUGGGCUGACCUUGCUGUCUGCCGCGGUCACCUUGAUUCUGGUGCCGCUGACUCUGGCGGCCCAUUCGAAGAAUGGAUGGGGAAGUCCCAGUAUCAUUGGCAUGAUGGUUUUCGGUGUGGUCUGCUUGUUUAUCCUGCCCUUCUGGGAGGGCUCGAAGAGAAUGGCACCGAAGCCUUUGCUUUCUUUGCACCUUUUGCGUCAACGAACUGCUCUCGCGGGCUGCGCGUUGGCGUUCUGGUACUUUAUGGCUUUCUACUUCUCCGUCCAACCAUACCUCUACUCUUAUCUCCAGGUUGUCCAAGGAUACGACGUCGCCACCGCUGGCCGCGUCACCCAAACCUUCGCUUUCACCUCGACCAUCGCUGCAUUCACCGUCUCUCUCCUCAUUAAAUAUACCCGACGAUACCGCGUCUUCGUCACCAUCGGCUGCGUGAUUUACAUGAUGGGCCUGGCAUUUAUGCUCCUCUGCCGAGGCGAAGGUGCCUCCCACGCUCAAGUCCUCGGCGCACAGAUCAUGGUCGGCUGCGGCGGUGGCCUACUCAACGUACCCGUUCAACUGGGUGUGCAAGCAUCCGCAAGCCACCAAGAAGUCGCAGCCGCGACUGCAAUGUUCCUCACCUCGAUGGAGAUGGGCGGCGCCGUGGGAGCCGCCAUCUCGGGCGCGAUCUGGUCAACCUUUAUCCCAAAGAAACUAAUGCAGUACCUACCAGACGAAACCAAGUCCGAGGCAGGCGAGAUCUUUGGCAAGUUGACCAAGGCGCUAUCGUACCCACCGGGAUCGCCGACACGCGAUGCAAUCAAUCGUUCUUACCAGGAGACCAUGAACCGGCUCCUGAUACUAGCUCUUCUCGUGACGCUACCACUCAUCCCGCUCAGUUUGAUUAUGGAGAAUUAUAAACUGGACAACAUGAGCCCGAAGAGCAAUGCCGACCACGAUUCCAACAUCCCACUCCCCGCCGAGGGGGAAUCAGACUCUGAUGACACACACCACAAGCGGACCUAG